CUUUAUUGAAUCUCGCGGGAAUCGUGCGCUAACUAAUUCCAGCGGAAGUGAAUGCAAACUCUCUUUUCCGGCGGCCAUAGUGGAUUGAUCAGCGGGCCAUCAUGAAGUUGAAUCCCUUCGUCACAUCAUCCCGCAGCAAGAACCGCAAGAGGCACUUCAAUGCCCCUUCUCAUGUUCGCAGAAAGAUCAUGUCCUCUCCACUCUCCAAGGAGCUGAGGCAGAAAUACAAUGUCCGCUCCAUGCCUAUCCGCAAGGAUGAUGAGGUCCAGGUCGUCCGGGGACAUUACAAAGGCCAGCAGAUUGGCAAGGUUGUCCAGGUCUACAGGAAAAAAUACGUCAUCUACAUUGAGCGUGUGCAGCGUGAAAAGGCCAAUGGUACCACAGUGCACGUUGGCAUCCACCCGAGCAAGGUUGUGAUAACCAGGCUAAAACUGGACAAAGAUCGUAAGAAGAUCUUGGAACGCAAAGCCAAGUCUCGCCAAGAUGGCAAGGAGAAGGGCAAGUACAAGGAGGAGACCAUUGAAAAGAUGCAGGAGUGAAAUGAUCUACAUUUUGCAAAAGCCAAUAAAAGACUGUAAAAAUCCCAAA